UUACUAUAAAAUUUGCCACUUCUGCAAAGAUUUUUACACCAAGAGUUGUGUAUUAAACAACCAUAUGGCUAGUGUAAAAGAGACCUUACUUUGAAGAAUAAUCGGUUCUUAUUAAGUCUGGGAAAUGGCAGGGUCCAUGUAUGAACCAGACGUCGCUGAGGCUUUCCUGACCUGCUCGAUUUGUGAAGAGGAUUUCAAAGAUCCUGUGGGACUUCCAUGUCUCCAUUCUUUCUGUAAAGAAUGUAUAAGUCGUCACAUCAUAGAGUCUACUAAGGGACAAAAAUUGGCCAGAGGUUUUAAUUGUCCAAAAUGUAAACGACAAGUGGAUGCCCCAGACCCGCAACAAGCCCCGCAACACUGGGUGGAGUUUUUCCCGGUAAACCACUUCGUUAAAAACUUGAUUGAGAAUGUCCGUUUGCGGACAGAAAAUAGGAAAUGCGAUCCAUGUUGCAGACGCAAUGAUAACAUUAUGGCGGUAAAAUGGUGUAAGGAAUGCUCAGAGGCUUAUUGCGAACAAUGCGAAUCCUUCCAUAAAUCUCUAAAAUACCUGCAACACCACAAUCUAAUCAGCAUGACUGAUCUCCAACACCAACCGAUAAAAGACUCGGCUAACAGGCCGCCAUGUCCUGACCACGACGAAACUGAGUUGGCUUUCUUCUGCGAGGAUCACAACCAUGUCGUCUGCUCCUCGUGCGUGACGUUGGAUCACAGAAAAUGCAACAAUGUUAUGUCUUGCGAGGAAGCAGCAGACAAACAAAGACUGCAAGCAGAAGCUAUCAUUGAGAAGCUAAGGAUGCAGCGAGACUGGGCCAACAGAAUUUCAGAAAAUCGCAAGCAUAGCUUAAAGACUAUGGAAGAUUCAUCUUUUCAACUUUGCCAGCAGAUAGCAGGUCUUCGACAACAAAUGAAUGAUUUAUUGAAAGCCAAAGAAUACAAAUUGACCGAAGAAAUUAAAAACAUUAAGCUACAGGAGAAAAGCCACAACGACUCUGACAUCGAGAGUUGUGAUGGGAUCGCAAGCACAACUGACAAUGCCCUGUCUCUGCUGCAGAACGCACUGAAACAUGGGUCGGAUACGGAUGUCUUGCUAACGAUAGACAAGGCGAAACAUGAAACCCAUGUCGGUGAAAACACUCUCGCAGACAUAACUCGCGAAAUGAAGGAUGUCUUCCUGAAUUUUGUCCCAGACAAACAGCUUCAAUCAAUGUCGAACGCACUAAAAGAUAUUGGAAGGAUAACGCUGACAUAUGCCCCUGUUCAUAUUGCUCCACCGUACAAUCUCGAGCAAGAAGCUAAACUGAACCAAAUAGAAGAAGAAACAGUAGCUUAUCAAAGCAUACCACAAUCACCAUCAUCAACUCGGAGAACUCCUCCAUUGUCCUUGACUUUAAAAAUGGAAUCGCCACCAACGAGCGUCCCUAAAUCCCCGCAAACAUCGGUUAGCAACGGAAUUAUCCACACAAGACUGUCCCCCAUUGCUUCUGCAAGGUCACUUCCGCCACUCGUUCUUUCACCAAAGUCAGCUACACCGACUAAGAGACUAGCUCCCAAACAGGCUUCUCUCGACUUCUUCUUCAAAGCUCGUACGAUCCAAGAUAGAGAAAACUGUUGUUUUACAGGAGCAGAAUUCAUUGGUAACGACAAAAUUAUCUUAGUAGAUCAGACCCAUCGAAAGCUGAAACUCUUCAACAAAGAAUAUACGUGGCUUGGUGAAAAGGUAUUGUCAGCCAAACCAUAUGAUAUAACAGUUAUUGGAGCAAACGAUGUUGCCGUAAGCCUGUCCCAAGAAAAAAAGAUUCAAAUCUACCAAGUUAGAGAGAACGAUUGCUUGGUCAUUUCCAAUAUUCAGACCGGUGCAAGAUGUUGGGGUAUUGCAUUUGCCAGCAAAAAAUUCGCCAUCUGCUGCUCCUUGCAACCUCCUUGCAUUAAACUGAUGUCUCAAGACGGGAGAGAGCUGAAGGUCUUCAGCAAGGAUGCUGAUGACAAUGACCUUUUUUCAUUCCCUGACUACAUCGCCAUGGACAAGUCGGCUAAGAACCUUUACGUCACUGAUAAAUACAAGAAGUCUGUUAUAGCCGUUUCAACCAGCGGGAAUAAAAGGUGGGAGUUCCAUGAUGAACAUUUGCUGAAAACUCCCAAGGGCAUUGCUGUUUUAGGAACACGUGUCUAUGUUGCAGGAUGCAAGUCCCACAACGUUUUGCUGAUGACGACGGAUGGUGACGUCAUCGGUAAUGUAAUCAGCGACGGAAUUUCUAAUCCACACAAGAUCGCGCUCCAUUCCGAUGGGGAUCAUCUCAUGGUUACCCAGUAUCAGUCAACAUUAGUUGAUGUUGAAAAGAACAUGGUUAAAAUAUUUACGGUGUAUUGAAGAAACAAGCUGUCGUGUCGGUUUGGUCUAUGUUUGUGUUGUGCUUAAUAGCUUAGUGAUUGAUCGAGUGGAUUAUUUUGAGGCUCAAUGAAAAUACAAGUGUCUUUAUCGUUACCGGUAUUUCAUGAAACAAAAAGUAUGGGCAGCAUUGCUCACCUGAAAACAUGAUGUUUUAGAGUGCGACCCUAGAGCGUAGCGAAUCAAAUCUUAUCUACUUUAACAAUAACAAAAAUGCUAUUACAUACAUCUAAAUGUACUUGUACGUGCAUCUCAUUGUUACAUUAAUGUUUUUUUA